AAAUAUGGCGCCCAUUAGUCGCAAGUUUGAGGUUAUGUUGUUUUGAUUAUUCGAGGUUAGGGAACUAAAAACCGUAAAAAUGCCGAAUUGGGACCAAAUUCAAGCCCAGUUGAAGCACCCAGCGAACCCGGUCGUGUUUUUCGACAUUUCCGUCGGAACUACGGAAAUCGGCCGAAUGAUUUUCGAGUUAUUCGCAGACGCGGUCCCCAAAACCAGCGAUAAUUUCCGCCAGUUUUGCACCGGCGAGUUCCGCAAAGACGGCGUGCCGUUGGGCUACAAGGGGGCUAGUUUCCACCGAGUUAUCAAGGACUUUAUGAUCCAAGGGGGCGACUUCGUCAAUGGCGAUGGGACCGGCGUUAUGAGUAUAUAUGGGGGCGGAACGUUUCCCGACGAAAAUUUUAACCUAAGACAUGACGGUCCUGGACUUCUAUCAAUGGCAAACAGCGGCAAAGACACCAACGGUUGCCAGUUUUUCAUAACUUGUGCAAAGUGUAAUUUCCUGGACGGCAAACAUGUGGUGUUUGGACGCGUUAUUGACGGACUUCUCGUCAUGCGGAAAAUCGAAAACGUGCCCACGGGGCCCAACAAUAAGCCCAAAAUCCCGGUCACAAUUGUACAAUGUGGCCAAAUGUAGUAGUGUAAUUCAAAUUUUAAUAAUAAAAGCACAAAAUAAAACUUA